AUGGAUGUUCAGAGGCACUUAAGAAGUAUAUUCCAACGUCUAUUGUCAUGUCUAAUUAAAACAUCGUGCGCUGAACGCAUUUUGCUCAAUUAUGGUUUUUUGGAUCACCUAUGGGCUCUGAUUAGUGCGCCGUCUGGUUUAGAAUGCAGCAUAUGCAAUCCAGAAGCCAUUAUAGCAUUUGAAGGCCAGUACGGCGAACUGCUCGCAUCCUUAUCUAUUGAUAGUUUGGUAGACACACUUGCGGUGCAAUUAGAAAUAGGCGUCAAAUACAGGAAAUAUCUGGAAGAUGCCCUAUUACAAAUUUUCAAAAAAAACCGAGACGUCCGUAGGCUUGAUUUUCUAGCCGGUAUAAAAGUGGAUCAAAGCAACGCCGAGCACUGCCUGCUCUUACACGAGUCAUGGGCAGCACUGGACGAUCGUCCUAUGCCAGAAUCUUUUGGUGUCACUAAAUCAAUAGGCAAGGAGGAUGACAAUUUGUCAAGUUGGGGCGAUCUUGGAUUUCAAGCACCGCUAACAGACUUUAGAAUGACUGGAGUUCUCGGACUGCAAAGCCUGCAUUUUGUUGCUACAAGGCAUAAGAAGCGAGCCAGAGAAAUUCUUCAUCUGUCAAGAAGUUUGCAGGCAUGGUUUCCAUUUGCUCUUACCAGUAUAAAUGUUACUGCAUGGGUCCUUGAAGAUUUCAGGCACAAUAAGCUUGGACCCUUCUCUUACCACAAUGAUCUGCAAGCUGUUGAAUUGUUUUAUAUGUUGCACACAUAUUAUUUUUUCUCCUUCGUGAAUUAUUGGAGGAAACAUGCAACAAGCAUAUUUGAUUUCAAAUCGAUUUCUGUCGAAUUCAGGAAAGAAAUCGGAGAAGAAACAUUUGCCAUCAUUCGGCGAAUUAUAAGCGAUAAAAGUUUGGGCGAAACCAGAUACUACGGAUCGACGUUAUUAAAUGCCAUUGGAGAGACAUUCUUAGCUGGUGUUUGA